AUGAAUCCUUGUUCAGUCGCUGCGCCUCAACAAGACACCGAAGGGGAUGGAAGAUGGUACAGCAUUCAUAAUCGAUUUUUGUCAGAUGCCAAAGGGAAAGAUGGUGAUGUAAUUUUCAUUGGAGAUUCAAUUUUACAAGCUCUUGAGCAUACUGAAGUAUGGAACCAGUGGUUUGCACCUCUGCAUUGUCUCAACUUCAGCAUCCACAAGGAUCAGACUCAAAAUGUUUUGUGGCGCAUCAAGAAUGGAGAACUUGACCAUGUUGAUCCAAAGGUAAUAGUUGUACAUGUUGGAACAAACAAUGUGGAAUAUACUGCUGAGCAAGUGUGUGAUGGUAUCUUAGAAAUAAUUAGAACAAUCAGGGAGAAACACCCAAGUGCUUACAUAGUAUUGCCUAGUCUACUUCCUCGAGGUCAACACCCCAAUUUGUUAAGGGAGAAAAACUCUACAAUUAAUCAACUGUUACGUGAAAAAGUAUCCAAUAUGAAUAAAGUGGAAAUGGUUUCAAUAGACAAAGGGUUUAUACAAACUGAUGGCACCAUCAGCCACCAUGACAUGCAUGACUACCUCACACCAACCAAUGCAGCCUGUAGGAAAGCAUUUGAACCUAUCUAUGAUCUCCUGCAACAGAUCCUAUUUGAAGGAGAGCCUGAAAAAGACUUAACACCUUCUGAAUAA